AGUUACAACCAAAAAUAUAUGGCAUUUGCAAAUAAAAAUCACGAAGUCUACAUCGGUAUCUGUAAUUUGAUAAACAUACAUCAAUGGUUGUUCUUAUGGGGAAAUUACUAGGUACGGAGAGAGAGUUCCCUUUCGAGAUGAAUAAUUGAUCACCCGCGAGUCAAUAAUUAAGCAGGAAUGUGAAGGGAUAUGGAUGUAAGUGAGCCUCAGCCUCAGCCUCAACCUCACGUAGUGAUAUUGCCUUUCCCUGCACAAGGACACAUCAAACCCAUGCUAAUGCUUGCACAGCUUCUUUGCACUGCCAAUUUCUGUGUCACCUUUGUAAACACCCUUCACAACCACAAUCUCAUGUUCAAAUUGAUCAUCAACAAUACCGCUUUCAAGGCCCUCUUUCUUACACUCCGUUUUGAGGUCAUCCCAGAUGGACUUCCACCUCAACAUCCACGCUCUGGUCCACAACUCCUUGACAUAUUCUUCUACAUGGGAUUUGAGUCCAAGGCCAAGUUCAAGGACAUAUUAACGGGUCUACAUCAACAACAAGAAUGGUCACCACCGACGUGUAUAAUAGCAGAUGGAAUCAUGUCUUUUGCCAUUGAUGUUGCAGAACAGCUCCAUAUCACGGUCAUCACUUUUCGAACCUACAAUGCUUCCUGCACCUGGCUUUACUUCCAUAUUCAAAACCUUAUUCAACAAGGAGAAAUUCAAUUCCAUGGUGAGACAAAUCAAUAAGUUUCUCAAAUGCCAAAUUUAUUUUAUUUUUUUAACCGGCUCCCACGUGAAAUAAUUGGAACGCGCACACAACACACAAAGA